GUGAUGAUGUCAUAGACGCGCCGCUCCGGUAUUUUCUAGUAAAUCUCGAGGUUGCUGCCGUUUGGAAAUGAGGGAAACUCCGCUCUCUAACUGUGAGAAGCAGUUCAUCCUCCAGGCUAUCGUCGAGAAACAGCGUCUUGAUGGAAGACAGACAUAUGACUAUAGAAAUAUCAAGAUAACAUUUGGAACUGAAUAUGGAUCUUGCAUUGUGGAACUGGGUAAAACAAGGGUUCUUGCACAAGUGUCAUGUGAACUUGUUCCUCCUAAACCUAGUCGGCCUACAGAAGGCAUCAUUUUUUUCAAUUUGGAGCUCUCUCCAAUGGCUUCUCCUGCGUUUGAACCUGGCAGGCAAUCCGAGUUAUUAGUUAAACUGAAUCGACUGUUGGAGAGAUGCCUGAGGAAUUCCAAGUGCAUCGACACAGAAUCCCUGUGUGUUGUAGCGAAUGCAAAGGUGUGGCAGAUUCGUGUGGACUUGCACUUGUUAAACCAUGAUGGGAAUAUUAUUGAUGCUGCAAGCAUAGCAGCCAUUGUGGCAUUGUCUCAUUUCAAAAGACCUGAUGCCUCCAUCCAAGGAGAAGAAGUCACAGUGUACAGCCCAGAGGAGCGUGAUCCAAUUCCAUUGAGCAUCCAUCACAUGCCCAUUACUGUCAGCUUUGCCUUCUUUCAGCAGGGAACCUACCUGUUGGUGGAUCCAAUUGAACAUGAGGAACGGGUCAUGGAUGGACUUUUGGUAAUUGCCAUGAACAAACAUCGUGAACUAUGCACCAUUCAGUCCAGUGGUGGAAUUAUGCUCCUAAAAGAUCAGGUUCUCCGUUGUACUAAAAUAGCUGGCGUGAAGGUGGCAGAGAUCACAGAACUAAUGCAAAAAGCUCUUGAAAAUGAUAAAAAAGCCAGGAAAGAAGGUGGGAAAUUUGGUUUUGCAGAAUCCAUACCAAACAAGCGGAUCACUACCUUUAAGCUUGAUGAAACUCCAGUGAAUACAGAUGGUGUUGAAGAACAAGCUGAAGAAAUUGUAUCAAAAGCCGAACAAUCCACACCAUUCAUUCCAAAACCAAUUGUACGUGCUCCUGGAACAGGUCAAAUUGGGGAAGGGAUUCAAAAUGAAUGGAUGAUUGAUGAUCUUGAGGAAGAGGAGGAAGAAGAUGAAGAGGAUAUCGUUCCUGAACCAGGCGGCCAGAGUUUGGGCAAUGAUAAUGAAAGAGCAAGCACACAUACAGAUGUUGAGGUUAUCCAACUGUCAGAAAGUGAAGAGGAGGAAAUUAUAAUACUGGAGCCAGAAGGAAUGCAAAUAAAAGGAAGAAAGAUAAAUUCAGAAAAAGCUCAGCAGACAUCAACAAACGAAAUAGUACCAAAAAAUAAAAACAAGAAAAAACAGAAGAAAAAGGGGACUCUGUUGUGAUAUUAACCAUCAAAUAAUUUAAUAUGGAUUCUGUUGAAGCUAUGUAAGAGUACAUAACUUUUAUUGUGUUGCAUGUUAAGUAUGCUCCUCUAAGAGGAGGCAUAUAAAAUAAAUUGCACCAUUGCAGGUGUCAAGGAGAGGUUUGGAUAAAUAUUCUUGACAUUUAUCUAUAAAUUUAUAAAAAGCUACUGUAUUUUGAAAAUUAAAAAGUUUGGAUAAGUUUGUUUAAAAUCCCUUUAGGAUUUUUGCUAACUAUUUAUUGAUACCUGGUUGACUAAUUGGCAACUUCUCAGGGAUUUUGUUAAUUUUUACUUCAUUAUAAUUUUUAGUUGUUUCGUUGCUAAUUGUUCAGCUUAGAUUUUCUGCCACUUCUGCAGAUGUUGUCUGUAAGAGCUGUAAAACAAAUUUUAUCUUUUUAUUCUUCACCUUUUUAAAAUUGUAUUUUUAUUCCUCCUUUCAAACAGUUGUGAUAAUUUGCUUGAAUUUGUUUAAUUAAACCUGUUUAAUUUUCUUGAAUAAAAUCCUGUAGAGAAUUUUGAAAAUGACAAUAGAUGAUACCUCAGAAUCUGACCAUCACAGCUUUUAGUCCAUCAGUGGCAAAAGACAUUGUAUUUUCAUUGUUACUUUCUGUCUUAAGUUUCUGUCUUCUGAUGUUUUAAAUGCAGAAUAACAAACAAUAAUUUCCAUUUUUAUAAUAAUACACCAAGAGGCACUUUUGAGGCAUCAGGAAAAAGUGGACACUGAGCCAUGGAUGGACAUAGUGGGUGGAAUCUUAUGAGACCACCCAGACAGGACUGGGAGGGAAAUCUGAAAGGUUGCCAUCGGUUCAGUGGGCUGACUUGCUCAUCUCUGGAUGAUCUUGCCAGAUGUGGGUGAGCAAUGGAAAUGGUGGAUGGCAAAUUAGUGACAAUUAACUGACCACUUGGGGCCAGUUUGGGGAUGUAAAGAUGGCUGUGCAGCUGAGGCCACAAAAAAUUUAAUAAUUUCACACAUCUUCCAAAGUUGCUCCGUCUUCAGGAGCCCUCAGGUUUUCCUGCAUAACUUAGCACCACCCACCUCUCCCAGUAGGCUGCCGGCAGAACAUCGCUGCCAGGUGUCUGUUCCACCUGCCAUCUUUAAUUAGAUGGCACUCCCAGAGGCAGCCUCUUAAUUGGCCUCCGGUAUGAUUGAGCAGGUGGGCAACCAGGCAUCACAGGGAGAUUCGGGACCCACCUUUGGUCCUGAUAUCCGAAAAUCUUCACAGGUAAUAAGAUUCCGUCCACGCUAAGAGGAAUACUGUGUAGAUAAAUGGAGGAAGUAAUAUUUUCUUUCACUGAAGCUGAGAAAAUUAUCUACUCCCAAUAUCCUCAUUUUGCAGACCUUUAUAUACUAAAUUUGGUGGGGGGGUGGUUUUGUUAUUUGAUGCUGAAACCAUUUAAAUAGUUUGCACACCUUUCCUUCAUCAUAUCCUUUCACUUAUGACAAAAUUGUAACUCCAUGGUCAAUUAAAUUUAUGAAUAAAUUGAUGUAAAAUGUUAA